UGAGAGUAAUUCUCUUUUGUUUUACUGCUUUAGUGUUGAAUUGUUUAUAAUCAUCAGAUUUAAGUUUUUGCUCUCAAAUGGUUUCAUAUUUAUUUAGAAGAUAGCUUUAUCUAAGUUGCUGUAUAAGUUAAAAGCCAAAAACAGGCGCAAUGGCGGUGCUGGCUGCAGCUCAGUUGCUGGACGAGUUGAUGGGCAGACAUCGGAACACCAAUCCAAAUGAGAAAAUAAAGAAACCUAAUUGGGAAGACCAGGAGUACUGCAAAUAUUACAUGGUGAAGUUCUGUCCCCAUGACCUCUUUGUGAACACGAGAGCCGACCUGGGCGUGUGCCCCAAGGUCCAUGACGAUGAGGUCAAGGACCUUUUUGAGAAGGCGGACGCAUCGUAUAAGAAGUCGCAAUAUGUGGAGGAGUUUCUACGGUUCUGCCGGCACAUGAUAAAUGAUGUUGAAAGGAAAAUCCAAAAGGGCAAGCAAAGAUUGGAGUUGAUGAACUCUAAACCUGAAGGUCCACCGAUGACCCAGGCGCAAACUGAGAAAAAUCAAGAACAGGUCCAACUGCUCUCUGAGAAGGUACAGGCGUUGGUCCAAGAAGCUGAGGAGGCGGGUACGAGAGGUGAUGUAGAACAAGCCCAAGGCCUCAUGAAGCUGUGUGACCGGCUCAAAGAGGAGAAGGACACUUUACUGAAACAGCAGGAGAACAGCCAUUGGUCCAUGACCGCGGAGCUGGCUGCCGCCCAAGAGAAGCAGAUGGAGGUGUGCCCCGUGUGCGGCGCCUUCCUCAUCGUUGGUGACGCUCAGCAGCGCAUCGAUGACCACCUCUCUGGAAAGCAGCAUGUUGGCUACUUCAAACUCCGUCAAGCCUACGAAGAAAUGAUGGAGUCUCGUGAAAAGGAAUUACAAGAGAAAGAGAAGAAGCGCCGCGAAGAGCGAGACAGAGAGCGCAGCUCCCGCGGCGGCGGGCUCGGCUCCGACCGGCGAGACAGGGAACGAAUGGAGAGAGACAGAGAACGCGAUCGCGGAGACAGGGAUAAUAAGGAGCGGGACAAGAAAGAUGACAAGGGCGACAGGGACAAGGAGAGGGAUAAGGACAGGGAGCGUCAUCGACCGAGCCGUGAAGAGAAGGGCGGCCGCCACGACGAGCGCGACCGCGACCGGGACCGCGACCGCAGAUCGCGCAGGGAGAGAAGGUCGUCCCACGAUCGCCCGCGCCGCCGCUCACGCGACCGCCACUAGCUUCUGACUGAGGUAUCACAAAUAGCGCCUCACACCGUUGGCACCCCGUAGACGAAGACCGGACCCGGACCACAAAAAGAGGUACUUUUGAAUUAAGCCAUCUAACCACUGAAGACAGAAGGCCGCAAGCAAUAAUCCAGAAGUCCACAAUACUCCCGCGUUCCGAGGUGACAUAGAAUUACCCGUAGUUUUAAGGUACUUUGAUUGUUGGUUAGAUUACAUAAAAAUCUACUAAACUGUCAUUGGAAUAGUUAAUUAUGAUCUUAAACUGCGUAUAAGAAUGUAAGUCUUGUUUAAGAAAUACCUUCAUUGGUAAUCAUUUAGAUCUUGAGUAACUACAAGAUACAAUGUGCGUUUCUCCAUAAACUUCCUGCCUCGCACAGCUACACUGUGGAAUAAACUGUCGCCCACGGUAUUUCUGGAUCGAUACCACCUUAAAAUCAUCAAGAGAAAAGCGUACUCCCAUCUUAAGGGCUCCGGUAACGCAAUUGCAACCCAUAAUUGCUUACCAUCAGGUUCGUCUGCUCAUUUGCCUCCAAUAUCAUAAAAAAACAACGCUGUAAAUGUCAAUGCUGACGAGAGUCGAUGACACUGAUUUAUUUUUGGCAGAUUUUUUGUAAUCUAAUUAUCAAUCGGAGUUUAAUAAUAAAUUAGGUGUUAUUCAAGACGGUUUACACCAAGUAGCGUCCUGCCUAGGACCUUGUUAUUUUUACGCUUAGAGAAUAAAUGUAAAGUGUAGAUUUCUGUUUCCUAGGAAGCUCUGUAAUGUUAAAUAUACCAGUUGCCACUGAGGAGUGAUUCAGGUAUUUAUGCAAUUAUUAUUUUUUCGUCAUAAUGAUGUUUUUGUGAUCGAAUUUUGUUGGACGACUUGAAUGUGUGAACUAUGAAUUAUUUCGAAGGAAUAAAAAAUAUAACCA